AUGUCGGACCUCCCGCCGGGCAUCGACGCGGUGGGCACCGGCGACAGCGGCGCCGUGCCCGCGCUCCCGCGCUGCUGGCCGGAGGUCGACACCCAGUCGACAGCCGGCGACAGGCGAGGCGGCGCUUGGAUAUGCCUGGCUUGGGCGCGCGGCGCCUGCCGGGACGGCGCCGCGUGCGUCAACCUCCACCGCCUGCCGUCCGUCGUCGAGGAGCAGCGCAUGGCCUUCUCCGCCGACGGCAUCGACUACGACAUCUUUGGGCGGAGGCGCACCUCCUCGGUCGACGCGGCUUGCCUGCUCUUCGUUACGGGCCUCGACGAGGCGGCCUCGCAGCGAGAGGUGCGCGCCUCCCUCGAGAAGUUUUCGGAGUGGGGCGCGCUCCUGCGGACCUGGGCGGGCGUCGCGCCGGGCACCGGCUUUGUCCGCUUCCGGAGCCGCGCGUGUGCGCAGUUCGCGUCCGAGGCGAUGGACGGGAGGCCGAUCGACCCGGAGGGGGGGCCCGCGCUGCGCGUGGUCACGCCGGUGGCUGAGGAGUACCCAGGUGCAGAGGGGCCUAGUGGUGGCGAGGCGCCGCUGACGCCGCAAUGGCAGCAGCAGCAGCAGGCCGCCGCGGCGACGGAGCUGCCCGACGGGUGGGUCUCGGGAGUAGACCCCGCCACGGGCGCCGUCUACUUUCACCACGCCCCGAGUGGGCGGUCGCAGUGGGAGCGGCCGGAGGGAACACGCAGUCAGGACCGAGACGCAGGCUAG